AUGACUCAGACUACCGUCUCCUAUACCGCUCAGCGUACCUUGUCAACCUUCCAGACCUCCAAGUGUUUGACCGUGGACAACAUCAACCCCGCCGUUCGGGAAGCCAAGUACGCCGUGCGUGGUGAACUCGCUGUCAAGGCCGAGGACUACCGCCAGCGCCUGAUCGAUGGCGACAAGUCGCUGCCCUUCGAGAGUGUGAUCUUCGCCAACAUCGGUAACCCCCAGCAACUCGACCAGAAGCCCAUCACAUUCUUCCGUCAGGUUCUGAGUCUCGUCGAGAACCCAUUGUUGUUGGAGAAUCCCGAGGUCCUCAAGACUUCCUUCGGAUACAAGCAGGAUGUUAUUGAGCGUGCCCAGACCUUGCUCGCCAAUGUGCAGAGUGUCGGUGCCUACAGUCACAGCCAGGGUGCUCCCGGCAUCCGGAACAGCGUCGCCAAGUUCAUUGAGAACCGUGACGGCUUCCCCGCCAACCCCCAGGACCUGUUCCUGACUGCCGGUGCCUCUUCCGGUGUCAGCACCCUCCUCAGUGUCAUCUGCAACGACGAGAGCGCUGGUGUUUUGGUGCCUAUCCCUCAGUACCCUCUUUACACCGCCACCCUCUCUCUGCUGAACGCCCGCUGCGUGCCUUAUCUUCUCGAGGAAGAGAAGGCCUGGGGUACAGAUGUCACUGCCAUCCUCAAGUCCAUUGAGGAGGCCAAGGCUGCCGCAAUUGACGUGCGCGCCGUCGUAGUCAUCAACCCCGGAAACCCAACCGGUGCCUCUCUGAGCGCCGACGACAUCAAGAAGGUCCUUGAUGUCGCCGCCGAGGAGAGCCUGGUUGUGAUUGCCGACGAAGUUUACCAGACCAACGUCUUCAAGGGCGAGUUUGUCUCGUUCAAGAAGCGCCUGCGCCAGCUUCAGAAAGAGAUGCCCGGCAAGUACGAUGACGUCGAGCUGGUCUCGCUGCACAGUAUCUCCAAGGGUAUGGUCGGUGAGUGUGGCCACCGCGGUGGUUACUUCGAGCUCGUCGGCUUUGAUCCUCUGGUCCAGGAGCAGAUCUACAAGCUCGUCAGCAUUGGCCUGUGCCCGCCGGUCGUGGCACAGUGCCUGCUCGAGUGCAUGGUCAACCCUCCGGUCCAGGGUGAGCCCAGCCACGAGCUCUACCAGAAGGAGUACACUGGUAUCUCGGAGGGUCUGCACAAGCGCGCUCUCUCCUUGUACAACGCCUUCCAGCGUAUGGAGGGUGUUGAGGUUCAGGAGCCCCAGGGUGCCAUGUACCUCUUCCCCAAAAUCAACCUCCCAGCCAAGGCCGUCGAAGCCGCCAAGGCCGAGAACCGCGCCGCCGAUGAGUUCUACUGCCUGGCCCUCCUCGACGCCACAGGUGUCUGCGUCGUUCCCGGCUCUGGCUUCGGCCAGAAGGAGAACACCCUUCACUUCCGCACGACCUUCCUCGCCCCCGGCACCGACUGGGUCGAGCGCAUUGUUCAGUUCCACUCCGAGUUCAUGAACAAGUACCGCUAA